AUGUCUGGAUUGGCCUCCGAUGAGGUUGCCGAGGAUUACAAGAACUCCUUGGAAGAUCUAAUCACCAACGACAAGUACCAGAUCGGCAAUCUGACCGUCAUCGCCAAAGAGAACACGGAACACGCCAUGGCCAUCUCGCGCGUGUUGGAGAACCAUAUUCGAACAACACCGCCGGCCCAAAAGUUGUCUGCCUUGUAUGUAGUCGACUCAAUAGCGAAGAAUGUAGGGACACCCUACACUCUUUUCCUAGGUCGCAAUUUGUAUCAGACCUUCAUGAAUGCCUACACCUUGGUCGACUCCCAAACUCGCCGGAAACUGGACGAGAUGCUCAAGACCUGGAAAGAGCCGGUGCCGGGUUCCUUGGACACAAGACCUGUGUUUCCUCCGGAAACCACUCGAGGCAUCGAAAGUGCCCUGAUCAAGGCUAGAACUGCUGCCCUUCAGCAACAGCAGGCCCGGAGCCAGCAAGAAAUACUAGGCCGCGGUCGAGUCGCGACUCCUCCAGGCUGGACCAACAGCCCGACGCCCUCUCAAAAUAUGGCGCGACAUCCGUCUUCUGCCAAUUCCACCCCGCCCUUACCAUACCAGAGAAAUGGCACUGGCCACGGACUUCAAUCAGCGGACCCGCGCUCGACUCCGACUCCUCAGUCUCAACAGCACCAAACCGUCGACCUCUCGGCCUUAAACCAGGAUAUCGAAACGUUGAUCACGGCAGCCCGGAGCGACUUUGCCAACAAUCCUCUAGAUACGUCCGUGCAGCAACGGCUAAAGGCCCUGCUGGACCUCCAGGGGAUAUUGCAGCGCCAAGAGCUGACCCAAGAUCAGCUAAGGCUUGUCCGCCAUCAGGUCUCAACGCUUGCACCCAAGCCUGCUAUACCAACGCCUCAGAACCUCCUCCCGAGUAUCCCAGCCGUCUCAACCCCUACCAUGGCUACUCCACCGACCCAAACGCUGUCCCAGUCUUUGCAACAACUUCUUAACCCGGGAACCCUUGCCGAGUUGAUCAAGUCUACCGCUGCGCGCCAGCAACCAACGCCGCCACCUCCAGCUGCCAGUAUCUUGCCACAGAUGCCCACAAAUAGCAGCACGCCUCAACCCGCUGUCAACCCAGGCCCCGAUAAUCCACUCAUCGCCGCUCUUAGGGCCCGGGGCCUGCUGCCCCCUGCUGCUGGUUCACCGGCUCCUACGGCUCCUCCUUCGGGCGGUGCCCCAGCCUUUCCGCUUAUUGUGCCCGGUCAGAUGCGAUACACUCCCCCGGUCACCAACCCCUCGUCGAUGAACGUUUCAGAGAUUCAGGUAAAUGUUCAAAUGAACACUGCGUCCAUUAAGAUACCCCGCACCGCUUUAAUCGCUAGCCUUUACGAAUCAAGAUUAAAUCGAUGCGGAACUUGUGGUCGCCGAUUUCUCACCACGGAAGAAGGAAAAGAAAAGAAGGCGCGUCAUUUAGACUGGCAUUUUCGAACCAACCAACGCAUGGCAGAUGCCGCCAAGCGGGCUCAGAACCGCAGUUGGUACGUCGACGAAAGGGAUUGGAUAAAAUCCCGGGAGGCGGGAGAUGAUCAAGACCUUGUCGACCCAGAGGCCGCCGGUGAAGGCGCAACUGCAGGGGACAGCGGUGCUGCUAAAAAGGGCCCUCCAAAGCCGUGGAUUCGAGCCCCCAACGAUGCCACUUUGCGAAACACCCCUUGUCCCAUAUGUCAAGAGAAAUUCGAGUCGACUUGGUCCGAAGACGUCCAAGACUGGAUAUGGCAGGAUGCGGUCAAGGUCGGUAACCGCGUCUAUCAUGCCAGCUGCUAUGCCGAAGUCACCAAAGACGGACCGGCGCCCAUGCGCCGAGGCACGCCGUCAGGACGUACGGGAACGCCGGACUCCGUCCUGGGCAAGCGCAAGGUUGAGCCAGUCCCGCUAAUUGAUCCCGCAAAUUCAGCCUUUGUGAAAGACCUCUUGAGGGACCCCAACGUCCGCGGCGCCUCCGAUGUUUCGCACACCGUGGUCGCCGUUGCUUCCUCCUCCUCCCGGUCUCGCGCCGAGAAGUUUCUCUCCGAUACAGGCAUCCCGGCUUCCUGUGCGGCCUAUGGAUCCUACGCGGAACUCGUAGCCGACAGCAAUGUGGACGUGGUGUACGUCGCAACGCCGCAUUCUCACCACUUCCAGAAUGUCAUGCAAGUGCUGGAGGCCGGCAAGCAUGUUUUGUGCGAGAAGGCCUUUACCGUCAACGCGGCUCAGGCCAAGAUCCUAGUCGAGACGGCCCAGAAGAAGAAGCUGUUCCUGAUGGAAGCCGUCUGGACUCGGUACUUCCCGCUGAGCAUCCAGGUGCGCGAGUUGAUCCAGAAGGGCGCCAUUGGAGAGGUGCUCCGCGUCAUGGCCGACAACAGCUUCGGUGACAAUGUCGAGGAGAAGUGGGGGACGCAACAUCGCAUGGUUAACAAGGAUCUGGCCGGAGGGUGUUUGCUGGACCUUGGCAUCUACUCCUUGACCUGGGUCUUCCAGACGCUCUAUCACACACUUCCCCGUGACCAGCGGAAACCCCCCUCUGCUAUCUCGGCACACAUGACCCCAUACCACCUCACCGGGGCCGACGAAGCCACCACCAUGCUCCUUAGCUUCCCGACCACCACGCCGUCCAACCUUCCGCACCCAGGCCAAUCGCAGGCCGUGGCCAUGACGCACCUCCGACUCUCUACCGACCCCGACGAGCAGAAUUCCGCCCGUCCCGCCAUCCGCAUCCAGGGAACCAAAGGCGAGAUUCAGGUCGACGGACCCGCGUUCCGGCCCUCGCGGUACCGCCUCAUCCCCAAGAAGGGUGAAGGCGAGAUCCAGGAGGUCGAGUUCUCGUUCCCCGGGGAUGGCCAUGGUAUGUUCUGGGAAGCCGACGAGGUGGCGCGUUGUCUGCGGGAUGGUAAGCUGGAGAGUGAGACUCUGCCCUUGGAGGAAAGCAUUGUCAUUAUGGAAACCAUGGAUGAAAUCCGACGCCAGGGCGGAUUGGUUUAUCCGGAGAAGAUUGAGUCUACGGUCUACCCUACGCAGUUGUAG